CUCGAAAAGUGCACUCGGAUCAUUCUUGCUUUGUCCCGCGGGGGCGCACCCACCAUCGCCAACACGAUUCAGUUCUCAUUGGCCAUGCUGCUACACCGAAUGCCCCACUCUACACUUGCACCUUCCGCCAUGGUCCCAGCCUUGGACGACGCAGUAUCGUAUUGCGCAGCAUCCCCUUGCUACCGUUUUGCCAAAGACAGCGGCCUGUGUCUCUUCCACGCAGCUACCAUACAGCAGCAUGCCACCUCGCUGUGUCAGUACCGCCUUUCCAGUGCUAUCAUGUCACUCCAGACGCCUCCGCUUUCAUCUGCCAUCACCACUCCCCGUCGUUACCAUGACCUCACAAGCUACCUUCCGUCCCAAUCCUCCAGUGGCCGGUCAUCCCCGCACUCGGACAUUGUUCGCGUCAGCCGCAAACUGUGCCAGGUUGAACAAUGCACAAAGCGCGCCAAGUCCGGGGGUCUUUGCAUUUCGCAUGGCGGAGGGAAACGAUGCGACGUCGACGGGUGUGUGAAGAGCGCCAAGGAGCGCGGCUUCUGCAUCUCGCACGGAGGGGGCAAGCGCUGCCUCGGGGAAAGAUGCAACAAGUCGGCGUUGCUGGGUGGCUUCUGCGCGCACCACGGCGGCGGCCGCCGCUGUGGACACGAUGGCUGUACCAAGUACGCCCUCUCCGGUGGGUUCUGCAUUGCGCACGGCGGAGGCAAGCGCUGCAACUUUCACGCGUGCCCCAAGAGUGCCGUGAGUGGCGGGUACUGCGUGGCUCACGGUGGCGGCCAUCGAUGUGCCACCGCCGGGUGUAUGAAGGGCGCGGUCACGGGCGGACUGUGCAUCAAACAUGGCGGAGGCAAGAAGUGUCUGCAGACCGCGUGCCGAAAGAACGCUCGCACCAAGGGAUAUUGCUUUACCCAUUUUAAAGCGAUGGAAGCCCUUGUGGAUGGCCACGAGGACGAAGGAGACGACGGCGGGGUCGUCGAGCUGUGACUGUCAUGAAACGAGCUGUUAAUUUAGUAUUUACGUAGUAUCCACUUUUUGAUCGUGAUGCGUACGUAAAAGGGACGCAAGCUUAGCUUUGUGGAGUGGAUAUCAUCAUGCUCAAAUCAAGAAUUGGUGCGAUAAUAAUAGCGUCGAAUGUGGCGCGAAACAC